AAUUCAAAUUCAUGGAUUACUCCAAAACCAGCGUUUCAAACUUGGCUGUAGCAGCUGUUGUGUUCGCCGCAGGUCUCUAUCUCUGCCUCUGGUCUACCUCAACCUCAUCAUCAUCAACACUUUACUUUCCAACACAGAAUUGCCCAUGCCCAUCACCCAAACUGAGUGAGACAAUCCUGAAGUCCCCCAAAGAUGAACUUGACAUGGCAUUGGAGAGAGCUUCAAUGGCGAACAAGACAGUUAUAAUUGCUAUAGUAAACAAAGCUUAUGCCGAUGGAGGAAGUAGAGGGAAGACGAUGCUUGAUUUAUUCUUGGAAGGAUUCUGGUUGGGAGACGACACACGAGGCUUGGUGGAUCAUCUAUUGCUUGUGGCCAUGGAUCAAAUAGCCUUCGAACGGUGCAGAUUUUUGAAGCUUAUUAAUUGCUACAAAUUGGAGACUGAAGGUGUGGAUUUUGGAGAGGAGAAAUUGUAUAUGUCUCAGGAUUUCAUCAAAAUGAUGUGGAGGAGAACCCAAUUCCUUGGCGAUGUUCUGAAGCGUGGCUACAACUUCAUCUUCACGGAUAUGGAUGUAAUGUGGCUAAGGAACCCAUUUGCUAGAUUGAGCAAAAACCAAACUGAGGAUCUCCAGAUCAGUUGUGAUGAGUUCAAUGGCUAUCCACAUUCACAAGACAACCUCAUCAACACAGGCUUCUACUUCAUUAAAUCAAACAACAAGACCACUACUCUAUUUGAUUCAUGGUAUGACAUGAAAGACAACUACUCUAUUGGAAUGAAAGAACAAGAUGUCCUCAUCAAAAUAAUGCAUAUGGGUGUGUUCAAACAAUUGGGGCCGAGAGUGAGGUUCUUGAACACCCUCUAUUUUAGUGGAUUCUGUCAAGACAGUAGAGAUUUUAAUGCAGUGACAACAGUUCACGCGAAUUGUUGUCGCAGUAUGGAUGCUAAGGUAGCUGAUCUUAUAGCUGUUCUUAGAGAUUGGAAGAAAUUUAAGCAAGUUACAAAGAAGUAUAAGCGUUUAGUUAAGAACACUUCAUUCUUUAAAUGGUCUGAUCAUAAGGCAUGUUUCAAGUCAUGGAUAGGGUUCAAUUUUAGUGCACCUGUACCAUAGAUUUUUGGGGAAAUUUUCUCCAUGAUAAUACCUCUUGUAA